CCGAACUGAGGUCCGGGUAUCAAGGUGGAAAGCCCCCCUCCCCUAAAUCCAGGGAACAAGAGGGGCUUCAGGUUAGCUCGGCUGCGAGUGGCGCUGUCUCGCGGCGGUUCGCCCCUCCUCCGGCCACGCCCACAGCGUCCGCUGCUCCAGAGGGAGAGGCAAAGGUUCAGCGCUCGGGGCCGCCCGGGCCAGUGCCCCCCGCCCCGCGAGCCCGGCCGGCUCUCGGCGCGGCCCCACCCCCACGGUUUGGAGAUUGGCGGGACCCUUUCCUUCCCCAGUCCAGUUCGCCGUUCCGCCUCUAGCCUCCGAAGCUCCACCCUCCGCGAGCGAGGAUUGGCGGACCUCGCGCCCCGGUGCCCGGUGAUUGGUCCCCAUGAAUGAAGGUAACCGGCGAGAUCCCGCCCCCAGCCGGCGCUGGGUCUGGGGGCACAGCUCAGCGGGGCUGGCGCUGGCGCGGCUGGAGCCGCCGCCGCAUUGACAGCUCGGUCUGCGGACCAUGGACACCGGCGGCGGCCCACAUCCGCUGCGCCUGUUCCUCUGCCUCAUGCCCCUCUGCCUAGCGCUGCUUUUGGGACCUGGGAGGCCCGGGACCGCGGAGGAAGUCAUCCUCCUGGACUCCAAAGCUUCCCAAGCCGAGCUGGGCUGGACUGCACUACCGAGUAAUGGCUGGGAGGAGAUCAGUGGUGUGGACGAGCAUGAUCGGCCCAUCCGCACCUACCAGGUGUGCAAUGUGCUGGAGCCCAACCAGGACAACUGGCUGCAGACAGGCUGGAUCAGCCGCGGCCGCGGGCAGCGCAUCUUCGUGGAGCUGCAGUUCACACUUCGAGACUGCAGCAGCAUCCCGGGCGCCGCAGGCACCUGCAAGGAAACCUUCAACGUCUACUACCUAGAGACCGAGGUCGACCUAGGUCGUGGGCGUCCCCGGCCCGGCAGCAGCCGGCCCCGCAAGAUCGACACCAUUGCGGCCGACGAGAGUUUCACGCAGGGCGACCUGGGAGAACGCAAGAUGAAGCUGAACACUGAGGUCCGGGAGAUCGGCCCGCUCAACCGCCGGGGUUUCCACCUGGCCUUCCAGGACGUGGGCGCAUGCGUGGCUUUGGUCUCGGUGCGCGUCUAUUACAAGCAGUGUCGGGCCACGGUGCGUGGCCUGGCGGUGUUUCCAGCCACGGCGGCAGAGAGCGCCUUCUCCACGCUGGUGGAAGUGACGGGAACCUGCGUGGCGCAUUCGGAAGGGGAGCCAGGCAGCCCCCCGCGCAUGCACUGCGGCGCAGACGGCGAGUGGCUGGUGCCUGUGGGCCGCUGCAGCUGCAGUGCCGGAUUUCAGGAACGGGGUGAUAUCUGUGAAGCCUGUCCCCCAGGGUUUUACAAGGUGUCCUGGAGAUGGCCCCUCUGCUCGCCGUGCCCGGAGCACAGCCAGGCCCUGGAAAGUGCCUCCACGUUCUGCGUAUGCCAGGACAGCUACGCGCGCUCGCCCACCGACCCGCCCUCGGCCUCCUGCACCCGGCCGCCGUCGGCGCCGCGGGACCUGCAGUACAGCCUGAGCCGCUCUCCGCUGGCGCUGCGGCUGCGCUGGCUGCCCCCGGCCGACUCCGGCGGCCGCUCCGACGUCACCUACUCGCUGCUGUGCCUGCGCUGCGGCCGCGAGGGCCCGGCGGGCGCGUGCGAGCCGUGCGGGCCGCGCGUGGCCUUCGUGCCGCGCCAGGCCGGGCUGCGGGAACGCGCCGCCACGCUGCUGCACCUGCGGCCCGGGGCGCGCUACACCGUGCGCGUGGCGGCGCUCAACGGCGUCUCGGGCCCGGCGGCCGCCGCGGGAGCCACGUACGCGCAGGUCACCGUCUCCACCGGGCCCGGGGCACCCUGGGAGGAGGGCGAGAUCCGUAGGGACCGAGUGGAGCCUCAGACUGUGUCCCUGUCCUGGAGGGAGCCCAUCCCUGCGGGGUCGGCGGGGGCCAACGGCACGGAGUACGAGAUCCGAUACUACGAGAAGGGCCAGAGUGAGCAGACUUACUCCACGGUGAAGACGGGGGCGCCUGCGGUCACCGUCACCAACCUGAAGCCGGCCACCCGCUACGUCUUUCACAUCCGGGCGGCUUCCCCGGGGCCCUCCUGGGAGACGCAGAGCUUCAACCCCAGCAUUGAAGUGCAGACCCCGGGGGAGGCUGCCUCGGCCUCCAGGGACCAGAGUCCCGCAGUCGUGGUCACUGUGGUCACCAUCUCUGCCCUUCUUGUCCUGGGCUCGGUGAUGAGUGUGCUGGCCAUCUGGAGGAGGCCCUGCAGCUACGGUAAAGGAGGCCGGGAUGCCCACGAUGAGGAGGAGCUGUAUUUCCACUUCAAAGUCCCCACACGCCGCACAUUCCUGGACCCCCUGAGCUGUGGCGACCCGCUGCAGGCAGUUCAUCUCUUUGCCAAGGAGCUGGAUGCGAAGAGCGUCACUCUGGAGAAGAGCCUGGGCUCAGGGCGGUUUGGGGAGCUGUGCAGUGGCUGCCUGCAGCUGCCUGGCCGCCAGGAGCUUCCCGUGGCCGUGCACACACUGAGGGACGGCAGUUCAGAUGCACAGAGGCUCAGCUUCCUGGCCGAGGCCCUGACGCUGGGCCAGUUUGACCACAGCCACGUGGUGCGAUUGGAGGGGGUCGUCACCCGAGGGAGCACCUUGAUGAUCGUCACUGAGUACAUGAGCCACGGAGCCCUGGAUGGCUUCCUCAGGCGCCACGAGGGCCAGUUGGUGGCCACACAGCUGCUGGGUCUGCUUCCCGGGCUGGCAUCCGCCAUGAAGUACCUGUCGGAGAUGGGCUAUGUGCAUAGGGGCCUGGCAGCCCGGCGCGUGCUACUGGGCGGUGGCCUCGUCUGCAAGAUCUCGGGCUUCGGGCGUGGUCCCCGUGACCGGGCCGAGGCUGUCUACACCACCAUGAGUGGCCGGAGCCCGGCGCUGUGGGCUGCCCCCGAGACGCUGCAGUUCGGCCACUUCAGCUCAGCCAGUGACGUGUGGAGCUUCGGCGUGGUCAUGUGGGAGGUGAUGGCCUCUGGGGAGCGGCCCUACUGGGACAUGUCUGGCCAAGACGUGAUCAAGGCUGUGGAGGAUGGCUUCCGGCUGCCACCCCCCAGGAAUUGCCCCGCCCCCCUGCACCGCCUGAUGCUUGACUGCUGGCAGAAGGACCCAGGUGAGCGGCCCAGGUUCUCUCAGAUCCACAGCAUCCUGAGCAAGAUGGUGCAGGACCCAGAUCCCCCGAAAGGGGCCGCGACCUCCUGUCCCAGGCCCCCCACCCCGCUGGCCGACCGUGCCUUCUCCACCUUCCCCUCCUUCGGCUCUGUGGGCGCGUGGUUGGAGGCCCUGGACUUGGGCCGCUACAAGGACAGCUUCGCAGCUGCUGGCCACGGGAGCCUGGAGGCCGUGGCCGCCAUGACAGCCCAGGACCUGCUCAGCCUGGGCAUCUCGUCGGCGGAGCACCGGGAGGCGCUUCUCAGCGGGAUCAGCGCCCUGCAGACGCGCGUGCUCCAGCUGCAGGGCCAGGGGGUGCAGGUGUGACGGCGCCCCCCCCCCCGGGCCCAGCCGCCUAGCAUCCCGCAGCAGUGCUCCGCCCGCCCGCUGGCCCGCCCCGUGGGGGCGGCCUCUCGUCCUCCGAUUGGCGCUAGCUUGGGUCCCCUUUCCCCGUUUCACUGCCUCCGCCUCCAUCUGCCCAAUCUGAGCACCCUGGUGGACCCUGUGCCCCUCGGGGCCCCCCUGGGUGAGGAUCCCCAACACCCAGCGGGAGGGCAGGCCUCAGAGUCGGUGGGGGCACUCUACUACCUGGUCUGGGCGCUCUGAGCUGCUGUCCCCCCAGGGCCCGUGGGCGCGGGUGUGACCACAGCUGCCUGCGCCCACCCUGCUCAGGUCAGGGCAAGGGUCGGCGGUGCCUGGUGCUGGCUUGGGCUGAGCUGGGCCUGAACUCUGGUUCCGAGGUGCAGGCUGCCAAGAGGCUGCUGUGGCUCAGGGCGCGGGGUGAGGUCCUGUGUGGUCCUCGCGGUGCACUCCUGUGUGCCCCAUGCCCCUUUGGGGUUCCUUUUAUGGAUUCUGGCCACUGGGAAGACAGAGGGGAGGCUCUCUCUCUCUCUCUCUCUCUCUCUCUCUCUCUCUCUCUCUCUCUCUCUCUCUCUCUCUCUCUCUCUCUCUCUCAGGACUCGGGCCUGCUGGUAGCCUUGGGCGUGGUGAUGGGGCGCGCGAGGUGGGUCUCCCCUCCUGUACAGAUGGGGAGAGCCGAGACAGUAGGAAUCAGGGCCAGGGUCAGAGGUGGGACAGUGUCCAGCGUCCACUCGCCAGUGUAGGGGAGGAGGGGGGGCCUGGGGGGUCUUUUCUGGGGUGCCCACCUUCCAAGGUCACCGGGGCUUGCUCUAGAGGCGGCCCUGUCAGAUCCUCAUGCUCUCCGUGGAGUGCCUCCUCCCUUUGUCUAGAGCGUCCACCUCUUCCGGAGCUCUGGUGGAGGCCUGUGCUCAGAGCUGACUGCAGAGUUCCUUAUCCAGAAGGGCUCCCUGGCGGCGGCGGCGGCCAUGUCAGGCCAGGGUUCCGGUGGGAGAGCAGCUCUGUGGGCUGGGCUGCCUGUGUGCCCCUGACCUGGGCCCCUGGGUGAGCUGUGUGUGGGUCAGCUGGGAAGGAGGAGACUAGGAAGGAUGACUAGUAGCCCCCAGAGACCCAGAAGGUGGGACAGAGGGGGCGCCCAGGAGACACUCCGAGGGCCCCUUUCCACACGCCCAGGGCCCGGGGGACCCCGGGGACCAUGGCUGGAGGGCAGAUGCCCUUGUCUGAUUGUGUGAACAAUGGGUGCCUAGCAAGGCCUCUUGGCCGAGACUGCUGCGUCAGCUGCCCGGAGCCGGGGGUCUGCUCACCUUUGGGGGGCCCCUGUGGUGGGGGACAGUGCCUCACAGCAGUGCCUUGGCCUGCGAGCGGUUGCCCUGCUCUCCCCGGGGGCCCCGGGCGCCCUUCUCCUGGUCUGGGCCUUGGGGAGACCAUGAUUACUCCCACACCUGCUGGCCUGCAGGGGCUCCCAGGCCCCCAUUCCUUUCUCGGGAUGCCCGGGAAGGACCCAGCACGGGCCCCGUGUUCUGUCUUGGCUGGGCGGCUCUGCCUGUGCUCUGCAGGGACCAGCCCCCUCUGCGCCCCCCACCACAGCUGCCGCCACAGGGCCCACUGUGUGGCCAGCACUUCGGUGUCCAGGGUAGACCCCCGCUCGCCCGAGGAGCGGGGCGUCCGGGCCUCAGCCCUGCACAGGUGCUCGUGCGCCCCUGCAGAGUAUUUUUAUACACGACUCUCCAGGGCGUCUCUGGUGCCUGGGCUCUGGAUGCAGAUGGAAAUAAAGGCUUGUCGAGACUCGG